GGAAACGACGGAGACGCGCAGCGUGUCUGCUCGCAGAGAAGAAUGGGACUGGGAAUGGGAAUAGGGUUGUGGAUUGCAGGCGAGGCAGAAAACAUGAAGACAACGACUAGUUUUCACUAGAUCCCCCUUUUAAACAGAUAACUACGCCCAUCCCAUCAGGAGUUUGGUGUAUUUUUCCCCUCGGAGGGCAGGGAUACUUGCUCCCAUUGGAAAACAGAAGAAGAAGAGAGGACCCUCUUUGUGAACCCCCCAUUUCACUGGGAUUAAAGCCCAACCACAGAUACCAUCGGUGGUUUCGUGUAACCUUUAACCUCAGUGGGAAGAAGGGAAAGCUACUUCGGAGAUGGAGCAGGUGUCAGACGAUGAGCUGGAUCACGGGGCGGAGGAGGACAGCGACAAGGAGGACCAGGACCUGGACAAGAUGUUUGGCGCCUGGCUGGGCGAGCUGGACAAGCUCACGCAGAGUCUGGAUGAUGGCAAGCCACAGAAAGCACUGCAGAAGCCGCCUCUCCGGCAAGAGACGAACAUGGCCAACUUCUCCUACCGCUUCUCAAUGUAUAACAUAAAUGAGGCGUUGAACCAAGGAGACACGGUGGACCUGGACGCCCUGAUGGCCGACCUGUGCUCCAUCGAGCAGGAGCUCAGCACCAUCUCCAAACCAAACUCAGUGUCUCGUGGCCAGAAAGGCCAGCAGAAGGCCCUUGGAGGGCGCAGCGCCAGCACCAAGCACACCGGCACCAGCGGAGGGGGGAGCAGUGGAGGAAGCACUAGCAGCAGUACCCGAGCAUCGCCCGCCAACACGGUCCGAGGCGGCAGCGUCGGCGCUCGGCCCGCGGCCUCCAACAUCUCCCUGGAUGACAUCACCUCUCAGCUGGAGAAGGCCUCUCUCAGCAUGGAUGAAGCAGCACGCCAGACGUCCUCUUCAUCCUCCUCCUCCUCAUCGUCGGUGUCCUCCACCACCCUCCGGCGGCCCUCGUCGGGUUCCACCGGCGUAGGGCAACACCGACGGACGGGUUCGGUGGGCACGGUGAGCGAGCAGGAGGCGGCGUCUCAGCGGUCCAGUGUGAACUCGGCGUGCGCCUCGGCGUCCAGCAUGGACUCCCUGGACACGGAUAAAGCACUAAUGGGGGGAGAGGUGGACGGCCAGAGCAGCUCUGGAACACCGGGACCAAACCAGGCCAGUACAGAGCAUGUCACGAUGCGACGGGCCAACGGUAAGCCGGCCAGGCGGCAGCUUGACUUCACCUCACAGGACGGUGAAGUGGAUCGAGCCACUCAUUCCUAUCUGGACCGAGAAACCUCGCUCAUUCUGAAAAGCAUAGCUGGAAAGCCUUCUCACCUCCUGACCAAGGAGGAGCAAGCCGCCAAGCUGAAGGCAGAGAAGAUCAGAGUGGCCCUGGAGAAAAUCAAGGAGGCACAAGUCAAAAAGCUGGUGAUCAGGGUCCACAUGUCAGAUGAGAGCUCCAAGACCAUGAUGGUUGACGAGCGGCAGACAGUCAGGCAGGUGCUGGACAGCCUGCUGGACAAGUCCCACUGCGGCUACAGCCCCGACUGGUCCCUGGUGGAAACCAUCUCAGAGCUGCAGAUGGAGCGCAUUUUUGAGGACCAUGAAAACUUGGUGGAGAACCUGUUAAACUGGACCCGGGACAGCCACAACAAGCUCAUGUUCAUCGAGCGCAUCGAGAAAUACGCUCUCUUCAAGAACCCUCAGAACUAUUUGUUGGGGCGGAAGGAGACGUCAGAGAUGGCUGAUAGAAAUAAAGAAGCUUUAUUAGAGGAAUGUUUCUGUGGCGGUUCGGUGUCCGUGCCAGAGAUCGAGGGGGUUCUGUGGCUCAAAGAGGAUGGAAAGAAGUCAUGGAAAAAACGCUACUUCCUCCUCAGGGCUUCGGGGAUCUAUUACGUCCCAAAAGGCAAAGCUAAGGCGUCCAGAGAUCUCGUGUGCUUCCUUCAGUUGGACCAUGUUAAUGUGUAUUAUGGCCAGGACUACCGGAGCAAAUACAAGGCCCCCACUGACUACUGCCUGGCCCUGAAGCAUCCGCAAAUCCAGAAGAAGUCACAGUACAUCAAGUAUCUGUGCUGUGAUGACGUCAGGACUUUGCACCAGUGGGUGAAUGGAAUUCGUAUCGCCAAGUAUGGAAAGCAGUUGUAUAUGAACUAUCAAGAAGCCAUGAAGAGGACGGAGGCAGCCUAUGAUUGGUCCUCUCUCUCUACGUCCAGCAUCCGAUCAGGCUCCAGCUCUGCCAGCAUACCUGCAGAGUCCCAGUCUAACCAUUCGGGCCAUUCAGACAGUGGGGUGGACACGGGCUCCUCUCAUGGGCGAUCGCAGAGCGUGGUGAGCUCCAUUUUUUCUGAGGCCUGGAAGAGAGGUACCCAGAUUGAGGAAAACUCCAAGAUGAGAAUGGAAUCGUCGCGUGGAGCCACACUGCCCCACCCAUCCCACAGCCACCGGCACCACAGCCAGCAUUCGGUUGACCAGCUAGCCCUCACGCCUCCACCCCAGCCUCUGGUGCAGCCUCAGCCUCCACCCCAGCCUCUGGUGCAGCCCCAGCCUCCACCCCAGCCUCAGCCUCAGCAUCCACCUCAGCCUCCACCCCAGCCUCAGCCUCAGCCUCCACCCCAGGCUCAGCAACAACAUCCAGCCCAGUUUCAGCAACAUCCACCCCAGCCCCAGCAACAGCAUCCACCCCAGGCUCAGAAUCCACCUCAGCAUCCACCCCAGGCUCAGCCUCAGCCUCCACCCCAGGCUCGGCCUCAGCAUCCACCCCAGUUUCAGCAACAUCCACCCCAGUUUCAGCAACAUCCACCCCAGUUUCAGCAACAUCCACCCCAGUUUCAGCAACAUCCACCCCAGUUUCAGCAACAUCCACCCCAGUUUCAGCAUCAUCCACCCCAGGCUCGGCCUCAGCAUCCACCACAGUUUCAGCAACAUCCACCCCAGUUUCAGCAUCCACCCCAGCCCCAGCAACAUCCACCCCAGUUUCAGCAUCCUCCCCCCCAACAUCACCAUUUACCGCAGCCCCAGCAGCCAUCAGUGCAGCCCCAGACACCAACCCAGCCGCGGUCUCCUCAGCAAGUCCCACAACUCUCACCUCCACCUCUAACACAACCUCCACCGCCUCAAGAGCCCCCGCAGCCCCCGCAGUCUCCCCAGCAGCAGCACCCCACCAUCAACAGCUACCACCAGAUGCCCUCUCCGCCACAGAUGCAGCCCGCCCCGGCGCCCCCUCCGCCUCCCCCGCCCCCACCGCCUCCUCCUCCCCCCCCACCCCCACUGCAGGUGGUGUCUCACCACUCGCCGGCUCUCAACAUGUACAAGUUCAGCACCAUAAACCGGCUGCAGAACCAGAAGUCUUCGCAGCCCGCCGGCCAGCACCGGUUUCACGGCCAGCAGGUCCUCCCCACGUCUGCAACCCCACCCGCCGCGCGGGUCAUCAAACCCAAUGUGAACCACAUUGCUGCAAGGACUAACGUCCCGCCUCCACCUCCCCCCCCUCCUCCACCUUCCAUGCCAAUGCCGGGGUCGGCGAUGGCGGUGCUGAGGUGUGGCCCCCCCAGCCCAGCCACUCCACCUGCCUUCAUCCCUCCGCCUCCACCCCUGGCUCCGCAGAGCAGUGGAGUACUAUUCCCUCCGCCUCCCCCCCCUCCACCACCUACUACAGCUCCCAUGAGUCAGUCUGGCUACGCCAGCGGGCUCAAGCAGGUCUUGAAGGAGCGGUUUCCCAGCCCCCCCCGGGAACUCUUGUCCUCCAACGGAGCCCUGGAGGACUCCCCACCGCCCGCUCCAGCUCCGCCGCCGCCUCCUCCUCCACCUCCACCCCCGCCGCCGCCUCCGCCGCCACCCCAGCAGUUCUCAGUCCCGGCCCAGUUCCCCCCACCUCCCGGACCUCCACAGGCGCCGCCCAAAACCUUCAGCCCCGGCUUCGUCCCUCACAAGCCGAUGUCGCCGGUCUCGCCGUUCCCCCCUGCUCCUCCUCCCCUCGCCACGGGGGGGCCGACUCCACCGCCGCCACCCCCGCCUCCACCCCCCGCCCCGGCGCCCAUCAAGAAGCAGUUCAGCCUCCAGGCGGGACCCGUGUCCAGCCAGCCGCCGCCGACGCUGCCCAAGCAGCACAGCCUGUCUAAAGCAACGGGGGCCGCGCUCGCCGGAGCUCCGCCCACCAUGUCCCUGGUGAAGCAGCUCGCCAGCCAGUUCCCAGGAGCGUCGUCCCCGGUAGCCAAUCACGUAGACGGCAGCAAAGCCCCCGUCUCCCCACCCGUGGUAAAGACCAAACCAAAAUGGCAGCCGGGGGGGGGUCAACCGGUGCAUUCCCCCGAGUUUCCUCCUCCUCCACCUCAGGAGGGUAACAGCUUCCCUGCACCUCCUCCGCCGCCACCGCCCCCCCCAGCACCCGUCACAGGCCCGACGCCGCCCCCUCCUCCACUCCCUCCCGGGAACCUGGGCUGCUCCGUGAGCCGCUCCCCCUCCGGUUGCUCCGGCCUGGCGGGGAAGAAGCCCCCCCCGACCCCCCAGAGGAACUCCAGCAUGAAGGACUCCUACGAGGAGUCCCGGAGGAACCUGCUCAGCAAGUUCGCCCCCCAGGGCAAUAGCGCCCCCCCCAGCUCGUCCUCCGCCUUCUCCGUCAACGGGUCCCCCUCCAAGGACCCGUCCAACGGCCCCCCGGCCCCCCCGAAACCCGGCAAGCUCAACCUGGCCAACCUCCCCAUGGCACUGCAGGGCAAAGUGGCCAAGCAGCCCGGGGGGGACUUCCCCUCCCCACCACCCGACUGUGGCUACUUCCCCCCUCCUCCCCCGGCCUCGGACCUCUUCCCCCCUCCGCCGCCGCCGGGUAACGACACCCAUGCAGGCGGCCCCCCCAGGGUGGCCGUGGUGAACCCCCAGCCCCAGGCGCCCCCUCCCCCGCCACCGGUCCCCCUCGUCAGCAACUCCACGUGGGGAAAGAGCUCGCUGAAGAAGACGCCUCCGCCCACGCUGGGGCGGCGCAGCAACACCACCCCGGAGCCCCCUCCCAUGUCCACGCCCCCCCCCACUUCCCCGAAGGGCGGCUCGGGGCAGCCCAACUUCCUGGAGGACCUCAACCGGACCCUGAAGCGGAAGUCGGUGGGCCGCCAGGGCUCCGUCAGCUCCGCCGGCCUCUCCGGCAAGUUGGAGCCGGCGGGGACGAUGGACGACAUGGUGCUGCCCCCCCCGCCCCCCGAGCUGCUCCUGGACCAGGGAAACCAAACCAACGGAGGCAACGGGAGCUACAUGUCGGGGAACAUCUCAGGCUAUGCAACGCUAAGACGAGGGCCCCCACCUGCACCCCCCAAGCGGGGGGACACAACCAAACUCACCGGGGAGUGCUGAACUCUGAGACUCUGAAAGACUGUUCUUGAGUGGGAGUGAAUUCCUGAACUUUUCUGGUUUUGGAUCACAAUUACGACUGUAAAUACAAAACAAAAAAACCUUGGCAUUGUAGAUCAGUGGGACGGGUAAGUUUGAAGUGACAGAAAGGUCUAAUUUUCCGCAACUAUUUAAACUCUGGAACAUAUUGUAUUGCUUAUUUCUGGUAAAACCUCACCCAUCUGGUACACUGAGAAGAUUUAAACCAACACAAGUAAGAACUGCGCAAAUGUUACCGCAUCCAGUUCCGAGCCGAGUCGUGCAUCUGCUUCUUUGACAUAAGUCUGCGCCACGUACUGGAUGUGACGAAGGAAAACGAAUCCACGCGAGGAUUGUUUGUCCUGCAUGGACCAUGUGAGAAGCUGUAAAAUCCUGAAUCUGUUGCGGUUUGGCUGCAUGUGUGAGGAGGAGACACUGACUGAAUAUGCAUGCAUGCAUCGGGCGCAUGCAUGAACGUACGGAGUAGCGAAUCGCUAGGAGGGGCCUUCGUGGAAGGAGAAUGGUUUGGUUUUUGCUUUUAUAUCAAAUAAUUUAAGCUGAGAAGUUUUUUAUAAGUGUCUUUUAAUAGCUGGUCAACAGAGUCGAGGGGAGCAGAACAAUGUUCGGGCAUAAGUGGAAUGUACACGUGAGCUGUUUUUGAGGACAUAACACAUAAAUGCAGCGAUAAUAAUCCAAACAAGCAUUUGUAAACAGUUUCACAGCUUGGCAAAUGCAAAUCAGAAGGAAGCCUUAUUCCCAAAGUCUUGUACAGAGGUCGAAACAGAGAGGAGAUAUCUUCCAAAGGUUUCCAAAGAGUCUGGACUUUCAAAACUGGAAUGAAGGAAACUUCUUUUUAUUUUAAUCAAUGCAAAUCUUGUGAUGGACUUAAAAAAAAAAAAACAAAGUGAGGAGGUGGCGUAUCCUCGUGGACCGUGUGAGUUCCCUGUGUGUCGGCUUGAUUUUUGGACCUCUAUCCUUCAGUUUGCAUCUGUACAGCUGCAGCUGCUGCUCCGUUACUGUUACCGUUCGUCCCCCGCUGCCUUCUUACAUCACAUGGUAUCCAGGAAGUUGGAAAAGAAAUACAGACUGGGUUCUCAUCGUUGUCCACACAAGGCUGAGCCCUUUUUUGAAGGAGAUUGAUCUGUCCAGUUAAUGUACAGAGUAUUACAUCAUAACACACCAUCCGACUUGUAUUAGACUGAAUGUGCUUGCAACUCUUGUGUCUUGUUUCUUCAUGGUGCCAUUGCUGCUUCAGCCCUUCAUGCAUAAGGAAAACAUUUGAUUUUUGUACGUAGAGAGUUAGAGCGUAAAGGGUUGUGCAUUUCAAGCAGCAGUGCUUUUUACUUUAAGGGUGCUAGUGAUUUCCUUCAAGUAACCCAUUCUCCACAUGUCCUCGUCUGCCAGGAUGACAUAUCAAUAAUGUUUUACAUCACUUAAACCGGUCUUAAAUGGGCCCUCGGUGUGGCGAGAGCUCAGUGGAGACAUAUCUACCGUUUCUGUGAGUCCGUCUUGGCGAUGUGCUGUUCGAUUCCACACAAGACGUAUUAAACAUGCUAUUCAUUUGUUCCGCUCAGCUACAACGCUCUUAAUUACCACUUUAGGGCCAUGUAUCUUUUCUUAUAACCGAAUAUCAGCUUCCCUGACAGGAUGUUUACUACAGUACAGUAUGUAAGUUAUUGAUGUGCUGACGUGAACAUGUGGGGCCAAAUGAAGUAAAGAAAAGUGGCAGGUUGAAUAAAUGUGUCCUCUUGCAUAUAAACUGAGAAUCACAAUAUAAAUGUUGAAACCAGACCUCAACUUGUCUGAGUCCUUAUUUGUUCGACUCCUUUCUGUGAAUCUUUUUGAACUUACUGCCAAGGGAGAUCGUCAGAUUUGACUUAUUUAGUUACUGCAAAUACUUUGCCAUUGUUGAGCACCUGUGCUGAAUGUCUGUGGGUGCAGCAUGACUUUCUUAAUUCAAGGUGAAUGCAUGCAAGGGGUGCCAGUGGGAAACAAAGUGCCAUACAUGCCUCAAAAAAGGUAAAAAAAAAACAAAAAAAACACUCCUUUAAUCAUUUCAAGCAUUAUCACCUUUUAUUUAUAAAAAUUAGAGCUACGUUUGUGUGAAAUCAUGUUGUCAUACUCCCUC